AUGAACAACAAUCACUCUUCUGAAGAAAAUAAUAGUCAUGAAGAUUCUGAAUUAAUGAAUGAUGUAUCAAAAGAAGAUUCUAUGAUUGUUGAACGUCGUCGUUUACGUGAAAAUGAAAUAGCAAACAAGCUUGGCGAAUAUCUACUUAAAGGUUAUUGUAUGUUAUUUGAUGCUUGUCAAGUUUGUAAUUGUAUUCUUCUUCGUACACCUGAUCAUCAAUUAUUUUGUGUCGUUUGUCAUGAAAUCGAUAUUGAAAAUAAAAAAACUAGUCAUGAAGAAGUUGUAACAACAAAUAUGAAAAAAGAUGAUAUAAAACGUUCAACAAAACAAAAAAAUAAAGAAAAAUUGAAUGAAAAUAUGAGUAAUUGUAAUCGACUUGAAAAUAAACUUAAAUGGGCUGUUGAUGAAAAUUAUCUUAAUAUAAAAAAAAAAAUCAAAGAAUAUUAUUCAUUCACAUUUCAAAUAGUUAAAUGUUUUGUUUUUAGUGGACGACGAUCUGAUCAACCUGAUCAUGUUUUAUAUCAUAUUGAUAAUGAACGUCCACUUGGUUCACAAUCACCAUCAACUGAAGAAAUGGAAUCAUCUUCUGUUAUUCUUCGUUCGAUAUCUAAACAACGUCGACCACUGGAUUUAAAUAAUCUUAAUACGUAUAAACUUCUACAACCACAUAGCAGUGUACCACCACCAAGCAUUGAUUCACGCCAACCAAAAGAUCCAUCAUCAAAAUCAACAAAACGUCUUAUUGAAUCACAAAAAACAACUGAAACACGUCGAGCUGUUAAAAAAAAAUAUCAAAAUGCAAGAAAACAACGUUCUGAAGCUUUAGAAAAAAAUGCUUUAGAUAAAGCAGAAAAAUUAGAAUUUGAUGAUCCUCAUGUUCCACAAAGUUACGAUUUAUGGAAUAUACAGAAUGAAAAAAAACAAAAAGUUCAAUCACUCGUUGGUCCUAAAUUAGCUUCAUAUUUAGAUCAAGUUAAUCAAACAUAUGAUUGGAAAGUUCCAACUCAUAUUAUUAAAAAACCAUCAAAAUUACCAGCUAUUGAUAAACCAUUACCUGGCCUAUCAUAUAAUCCAACAUUUGAUGAUCAUCAAGAUUUACUUCGAAAAGCUGUUGAUGUUGAACUUGAAAAAGAACGUAAAGAAUUAAAAUUACAAAAAAAAUUACCAAUAUUAUUAACACAAAAUGCAGCAGAACCGAUAAAACAAUCAUGGCUAAAAGAAAUGUCAUCAGGUUUAUUUGAUGAUAAUAUUGAACAUGAACAAAUAUUAGAAACAAAUCAAUUAAAUUCUGUUAGUGUUGGUAAACCAGUUAAAGUUGAAACAAAAACUGUUCAACAACGAAAUAAAGAAAAACUUCAUAAGAAAAAACAAGCUUUAGCUAAAGCAGCUAAAGUAAAACGUAUUCAAGAUAAUAAAUUAUAUCGAGUAAAAUCUAUUCGAAAAGAAAUUAAUACCGAAGAACUUAAACAUAAACAACGAAAAGAAAAACGAAAGAUUGAUUAUGAAAAUCGUGAAAAUUAUGGUACGAAAAAAUUUGGUAGAUAUAAAUUUGAAGAAGCUGAUUUGGAUUUAAAUUUAUCUGAGGAAAUUACUGGAAAUUUACGAACAAUGAAAGCUGAAGGUAAUUUACUUCAUGAUCGAUUUAAAUCAUUACAAAAACGAAAUGUUAUUGAAACACGUAUUCGAGCAAAACCAACAAAAACAAAAAUGAAAAAAUACGAAAAACGAUCUGUACGAGAAGUUGGAGAAAACUAUCGACCAAAAUAA